AUGACUGAGGUCGGAGCCGCCGAUCUAUCAAGGCUGCUUCAAACAAAGCGCAAUGAGUGCAGUUCAAUUGUGACGUCGCGGAAGCGCAAGCUGCGCGAGCUGUUCGCAGUUGCGACACAGUCCGAGGGUCUCCCACACCCAGUCUUGACCAACCCCGACGCGCCGACCACAACACCAGCAGAAUGGCAGUUCUUGCAAGCCAACGAUAUCAUCCAAGGCAAAACACUGAACGAAGCCAGCAUCCCAGCGAGACCACCGAUCUCGCUUGAACUCUUUAAAAAGUCUCUGGCAAAAGCCAUAUUCAUUGCACCCGAGUCCACGCCGAAACGGACGCUCGAGGAUGCGAGCAAACCCGAGACUGCGAAUGUGCAGAACAAGGAACAAUCUAAUGGAGCUUACCAACCUCCCAAAGUUGGCGAUACACCUUCAAAACGAACGCCGAGUCCUCCGCCUUCGACAGAUCCCGCCACGACCGACAAAGCGAGCUCUCUGCCUACACCGACAAGCCAACCUGUACCCCUACCUGAAGAUGCGAUUGUAGAGCCGACCUUGACGACUAGUCCUAUGACCCAAACCGCUACUGAUACCAACGCAAAUCCAAAAUCGAAAGCGGAGGAUAUACCCAAUGCCUCAGAGGCUUCAGACACACCUGCACCACGUCAGCCUCAAGUUACUUUUGAAUCGGGGACAAAGGGAGAAAAUGCUAGGCCAGGUGUAUCGACGGCGGAGAAAACAACUCGAGGGCCCAGUACUUCAUCCGAUGCUAGAGGUGGCGCGUUGACAGUCAAGCCGCCCACAGAUGCCGCUCGUGCGCCUGAUGCCUUGUCUUCACCUGGUUCAACUGCACAAAGCGCAACUACGCCCGCGGUUCACGACGAUGCUUCGACAGACACAAGCCCAGAGCAUGAGGGACCACAGUUUGUGGAGCCAACCGAAGAGAAACCAACCGAGGAUGAGGUAGACGAGGGGGUUCAUGAGAAAGAUGAUGAGAAAGAAUCGAGUCAUGAUGUCGAGGCUACUUUGAACCAAGACAUACAAAAUCGUGUGCUGGAAGCACCCCCUGACUCUGCUGAAGCUCAAUUGCUGCAGGAAUCUAUACGAUCGAGUGUUGCGGCGGAGGCAACGGCAACGGAAACAGCAACAGCAGCGAGUACUAGCCAGCAAACAAAACCCGUCACUUCAGCGCCAGUUUCGGAAGAUGUUGAUAUGCUGGGUGCCAAUGAUGUUGUUGUUCAACCGAUUGCACCCAAUGCUAACGAACAAGUCAAAGAAGACAGUACUCAGGCUAAGUCUGAUAUCGAUAUAGCACGAGUCAACGCAUUCGAGAAUUCAGUUGAAGCGCCAGGCAUUAAAGAGAUUCCAGAUAGUCAAGAGGAACCCCCUGAGCAUAUGGAUGUGGAUGUCCCUGAGCCCAAAGCAACCAUUCAAGCUCAAACUCAAAGUCAAGAGGUUAAAUUAGAUGGGAGUACACAGGCUACCGAGAAAGCCCCGUCAACACCUACGCCAGCCCCCGUUUCUGAUGUUGCCACUGGACCUGUGGAGUCGGCACCCAAAGAGUCCCCCCCAAAGGUUGAGCGCGCUGUUACUAGAGUUUCCUCCGGGGCGAUGCGCCCAAAGUCAGUCAGCGAGAUUGUCGGUGCAACUCCUCGACAAACCCCGUCCUUAGAGCAUACUUCGACCAACAAAAGCCUGGACAGUCAAUUGACCCCCUUGACUUCGACACCCAAAUCGCCAAGCUUAAGACAUCGCCAUAUCUCUGCUCAUCAAAGGCAGAGGUCACGAAGCCAGCCCUCGACUGUUGUUUUCGGAAAGCAAUCCAAGAAAGCAGAUGAACGAUCGAUAGUGGCCAGUCAGCGCGAUCCUGUCAUACCGACCGAGGACUACUACACUCCCCUUUUCGUCCAGGGAUUCGCUGGCAGCUCCUCCUGGAUGCAGCCCAUUGAGAAGAUAUUGUACACUGCCAACAAGACCGUGACUACCCCUGAUGCCAAUCUUGCCAUUCAGGACCAUCAGGCUUGUAAAGUUCUGCGCCGGGUUUACCACUUGCAGCAGCAUGACAAGUGGUCUCUACGGCAACCCAAGCGUUGCCCGGAGCCAACACGUCCCCCGUCACACUGGGAUGUCAUGCUGCAAGAAAUGAAAUGGAUGCGAACUGAUUUCCGAGAAGAACGCAAAUGGAAAAGGGCUGUUGCAAAAAACCUUGCAUAUGCUUGCGCAGAAUGGCACGAAUCUACCCCCGAAGAGCGAAAACUGAUGCAGGUUUCUUCUGUGAUACCCCCAAAGACACCGCCUGCCCCUGACGCUUCGAUGGCUGAUGUUGAGGGCGAAAAUCAACUCACACCUGAUCUUAUCUCAAGCGGAGACGUCGAGUCUAUCGACAAUCUGGAUGAUUUAACUGAGGAUUUUCCCGAGACGAUAGCACCAUCCGCCAUCUUCUCUCUGCAAGACGACGAUGUUAUCUUUGGACUUCGUCGAACAGCUGCUGCAGACCAACUUCUGGAGGAGCUACCCAUGUUUGGAAAGCCUCUCCAGGUUCCCAAAUUUGACCUUACAGGUCCUGAGUGGGAUCCUGAUGCUCAUUGGCGACGGCCAGCUCUACCACUGAGCAAGUAUGUUGAAGGCCACAUGAAGUUAGUUUCAGAUGGUCCCCCAAGGAAGCGUAGCCGAUAUGAUUACCAGAACGAGGAUUCUGAUGACGAGGGCGAGACUGGUUUCGUCAGUAGUGGUCCUUCACCCAGCCUUCCUCUACCACCAGCUACUGAUGAGGUGGCUCUAUUUAACCCUGAGAUGAAGCAUAUUCGCGAUCGCCUCUAUGUUGGCCAUCAGUUCCGACCGCCUUCGGAAUAUCCUAUGCCGUUACAGAGCUUCUUCGAAUGCAGAAACCCCUCUCAGUGGACAAUCAACGAGGAUGAUGAACUUAGAAAUCUUGUCCGGGAAUACUCUUACAACUGGUCCCUUAUUGCCAGCAUGUUGGCACCCAAAUCUCGCUUUACUUCGGGUGCUGAGAGACGGUCCCCGUGGGAAUGUUUUGAGAGAUGGAUUUCUCUCGAAGGACUUCCAGCCGAUAUGUCCAAGACCCAAUAUUUCAAAGCCUAUACAGGACGUAUCGCCGCCGCCCAGAAUUUCAUUGCACAGCAAAACCAGCUCGCGUUACAGCAAAUUAACCCAGCCAAUGGCGCAGUUACGCCUGGACGGAGACGCCCUCCGUCAACUCCCGUCAGAGUGGAGAGACGACGGAAUCAGAAGCACCUCACACUUCUUGACGCAAUGCGUAAGCUGGCGAAGAAACGGGAGACAGCUGCUCAGAAGCAACAGCACACAGCUUCGCAGAAUGCAGCCAAUAAAAAGGUCAAUGAUCCUGCAUCACAACGCACCAACAAAACACCGAGAGACUACAGCAUCAUGCGACAUGAACGAGACCAAGCUCUGGCAGAAAAGAUGGCGCAGUAUGCGUCAAAGCAAGAAGCUCAAAGACGAGCUGCCUUGCAAGCCAGGGCUCAAGGUCCAGCUCAGAUGGCUGGCACUCCUGGAGCUGCGCAUGUCGGUCAAAAUGCAGCUCAAGUUGCUGCCGCUGCCGCCGUGGCAGCAGCCAAUGGCAUGAAUGGUGUUGGCCGACUUAAUGUACCUAAUCAGCUUGCUGUUGCCGCCGCCGCCGCCGCCGGCCAAGCUCGUCCUAGAAUGCCCAUGCAAUCUCCUGCUCCCAAUGGCAUGGGGGCUGUUCCGUCUCAAAUGGCUGGCGGGCUCGUUCCACCUAAUCAGAUGACGAGUGCGCAACAAGCCCAAUUGCAAGCAAUGCAAGGACAACACAACCGCAUGCCCAUGCCAAAUCCCCAGCCUGACGUCAACUUGAUGAUGCGUGCACAGCGCAUCUCCGAACAACAACGUUUGGCACAGAUGCAGCACGCUCAAGGCGGCCCUGGCGCUCCUGGCCAAGGGGCGAACGGUUCCCAGCAGAGUCCCCCCUUGAAUAUGCGAAAUGGUGUUAACGGCAUCAACGGGGCCAAUGCAAUGAACCAGCAGAACUUCAUAAAUAACGCCCAGGCUAUGAUGGCCCAGUUCAACUCCGGUAAUCUCGGCUCACCACAGGCCAAUGGUCUUCAUAUGCCGGCUGGUCCUGCUGGCUCAAUAGCCCCACGACCACAAGCACAGCUGCCUCCUAGUAUUGCCGCUCAGCUUGUUCAACUCGAGGCCCAGUUUCGUACUAAGAAUCCGACACUACCCCCUGAUCAGAUUCGCCAAAUGGCAACAGAGCAUCUAACACGCCUUAUGAUGGCUCAGCGCACUGCUAUGAACUCUGCUGCUGGUACAGCAAACGGCCAAGGCGGACUUGCUGCUAGCAUCGCCGCCACGACAAGCCCUCAUCAAUACGCCGCCUUGCUUCGCCAACAGCAACAGCAGCAGGCAAGUCAAGCGGCUGGUAGCCCUGGGCAACAACACCAGCAGCUUCACCAGCAGCACCAACAAGCGAAACAACAGCAGCCUCAACAGCAACAGCAAGGGCAAGCCCAGGCUCAGGCCCAAGCUCAGCAACAACAACAACAACAAAGGCAGGCAAGCGGCAGUGCUACACCGUCGGCAGGCUAA